AUGGCUUCUUCGGCACAGAAUCGGCCAACGCCAUCGCCGUCGCCGGUGCGGGCCCCGCCGCACGUCCUCUCCCUUUUGGACAAACUGCACCGUCUGUCCAGGGAGCAGGAGGACGCGGUGCAGGCUUCGGAGGUUGAGGCGGUGGGCUUCGACAACUACAUGCGGGACAAGUUCAUCGCGCUAGACCGCGACAAGGCCGAGUUUCUCUACCAGCUGUGCCUCGCCAUCGGCGCCACGCGGGUCGUCGAGGCCGGGACAAGUUUUGGUGUUAGUACCAUCUACCUCGCCCUGGCGGUGUGUGAGAACGUCAAGAGGGCGGCGAGCGGCGGAGAGGGUGAAGGAGGGGUGGUUAUUGCGACGGAGUACGAGAAGUCAAAGGCCGACAAGGCAAGGCAGCACUGGAAGGAGGUCGGCGAUGAGCUUACCGGUUGUAUUGAGCUUCGCGAGGGAGAUAUUCGAGAGACGCUGAAGGAAGGAUUGCCGGAGAUUGACCUGCUUUUGCUGGACAUCUGGACUCCCAUGGCUCUCCCGGUGCUAAAACUGUGUCAACCUCGAAUGCGGCGCGGAGCCGUGGUCGUUGCGGACAACACGAUCGGUUCGGCGUCCAAGUAUAAGGAUCUGCUGGAGUAUAUGCGAGAUCCGGGCAGUGGGUUUAGGAAUCUGACCCUGCCCUACACGAAUGGGAUGGAGAUGAGCGUCUACAUGCCGUAG